UGUAAAGUCAGACCAUUGAGAUUUGACAACCGUAAAAUUAUGACAUGAGAUAGAAGCGAGUGACCAAAUAACAUAUUUUUUCUCAAUUCAUAAUUGUUUUUCCUAUAUAUUGAUUAUAAUAAUAACGAAUAAUGGGUAACUGGAAGUUAGAAGUUGCAAGAAUGGCUAUGUAUACCUCUUUUCCCGUGGCUUUAUUUUUCUAUUUCAAUCAACCUGCAUACUUUGAGGAAUGGGUCACUAAUACGAAACGGCAAAUAAUUCCGCCAGAAAAUCCACAAAAUCGAGAAGCAAUUCAGAAGCUUAUACAAGAUAUGAGAAAGAAACAGAUGCGUGUCGUGGAGGAAGAAUAAUUGUCUAAUUUUAUAAAUAUUAGGUUAAUUUGUGUAAAUAAAUAUUCUUAGUUUUUAGUGACUUC